GAACACGGAAGUGCCGUCGAUCGGAUCACAGUGAAAGUGCUGCUGUGGAAAAUGCGGUGUGCUUGAGCGAGACAUGGUGCCUGAACAUGGGAAGCAACAGAAACGCUCGCCGCAGCCGUCAAACAGCGAGGCCGACGCAGAUGGAUCCUUUGUGUUUGAGGCGCAGGAGGCCUGGAAGGAUUUCCACAACUCGCUGCGGCAGUUCUAUGAGAACGGAGAGCUCUGCGACGUCACGCUGAAGGUGGGGAACAGGCUCAUACCAUGUCACAAGCUGGUUCUGGCCUGCGUGGUGCCGUAUUUCCGUGCCAUGUUCUUGUCAGACAUGGCCGAGGCCAAACAGGACCUGAUUGAGAUCCGUGAUUUUGAUGCAGACGCCAUCCAGGACCUGGUGCGGUUCGCCUACAGCUCUCGGCUGACACUGACAGUGGAUAACGUGCAGCCGCUGCUGUACGCCGCCUGUAUCCUGCAGGUGGAGCUGAUCGCCCGCGCCUGCUGCGAGUACAUGAAGGCGCACUUCCACCCUUCCAACUGCCUGGCCGUGCGCACCUUCGCCGAGAGCCACAACCGCGUAGACCUGAUGGACAUGGCCGAUCGGUACGCCUGCGAGCACUUCAGCCAGGUGGUGGAGUGUGAGGACUUCGUCUGCGUCUCUCCGCAGCACCUGAAGACGCUGCUGGCCUCCAGCGACCUCAACAUCCAGGCAGAGACACAGGUGUACAACGCUGCAGUCAAGUGGCUCAGAGCAAACCAGAAGCACCACGCCGUCUGGCUGGACCAGAUCAUGGCUCAGGUGCGUCUCCCACUGCUGCCCGUGGAGUUUCUGACCGCCACCGUGGCCAAAGAGGAGAUGAUUAAAGCCAGUCUGAGCUGCAGAGACCUGCUGGAUGAGGCCCGCAACUACCACCUGCACCUGAGCAACAAGAGCGUACCUGACUUCCAGUACUCCGUGCGCACGACGGCCCGCAAACACACUGCAGGUGUGCUGUUCUGCGUAGGGGGUCGGGGCGGUUCCGGAGACCCGUUCCGCAGCAUCGAGUGCUACUCCAUCAGUAAGAACAGCUGGUUCUUCGGGCCGGAAAUGAACAGCAGGCGCAGGCAUGUGGGAGUCAUUUCAGUGGCAGGGAAGGUGUACGCGGUCGGUGGCCAUGAUGGAAACGAGCACCUGGGCAGCAUGGAGAUGUUUGAUCCACACACUAACAAGUGGAUGAUGAGGGCGUCCAUGAACACCAAACGGAGAGGUAUUGCGUUGGCAGCUCUCGGCGGACCGCUGUAUGCUAUCGGGGGUCUGGACGAUAACUCCUGCUUCAGUGAUGUGGAGCGAUACGAUAUCGAGUGCGACCGCUGGAGCGCUGUGGCGGCGAUGAACACACCGCGAGGAGGCGUCGGCUCUGUGGCGCUCGGGGGGUUUGUGUAUGCGGUGGGGGGUAAUGACGGCGUGGCGUCUCUCUCCAGCGUGGAGCGUUUCGAUCCACACCUCAACAAGUGGACGGAGGUGCGAGAGAUGGGGCAACGGCGCGCCGGGAACGGGGUCAGCGAGCUCCACGGCUGCCUCUACGUCGUGGGCGGUUUCGAUGAUAACUCUCCGCUGAGCUCCGUCGAGCGAUUCGACCCGCGGCUGAACCGCUGGGAUUACGUGUGUGAGCUGACCACGCCCCGCGGUGGCGUUGGUGUUGCUACGGUGAUGGGCCGUGUGUUUGCGGUCGGCGGACACAACGGGAACAUCUACCUGAACACAGUGGAGGCAUUCGAACCCCGCAUGAACAGGUGGGAGCUGGUGGGCUCUGUGUCCCACUGUCGGGCCGGGGCCGGGGUCGCCGUCUGCUCCACACUCAUCAGCCAGGUGCGGGACGUGGGUCAGGGCUCCAGUAAUGUGGCGGACUGCAUGUGAGAGUGUGUGUGUGUGUGUGUGUGUGUGUGUGCGUCCUGCUGUUUUCUAUCUGAUCUGCAUGAGGGUUUUCUCUUGUCUGAGGUUAAUAAUGCAGCAGUGAUGAUGAUGAUGAUGAUGAAGAUAUAGUCAGUGACUGCAGGACAAUCUCACACACACACACUAACACACACGCACAGUUUCAGCUCUGGAUCUGCGCUCUGUGGCUCGUGUGUUUGGCUGUAAGUGUGAGCAGAGCUGUGUUUAUAUGUGCUGGUGUGUAUCAUACAGAUGUCCAGUAUUUUAUGGCGUGUGUGUUCAGCGUGUGUGUGUGUUCAGCGUGUGUGUGUGUUCAGAGUGUGUGUUCAGUGUUCCACAUGACUGAGUUCAAAGUGAAAAUCCAAUCAUUUGUGUGUGUGUGUGUGUGUGUGUGUGUGUGUGUGUACAGAGAGUCAGUCAUUAUAGCGUCAGUAAAGCACAGAUGUACUUUUGCACAGACCUGUAUAUAAACUCUCGUCUUGUUUGACUAUUUAUGAUGUAUAUGUUCACUUUUCAUCAUUCUGCAAGUGUUCUGCUCUCUCCUUACUCUACUAUAUCUGCUGUUCAAUAUCAACACAAUGUUACUGUGAAAUCACAGUAAAUAUCACAUUAAUACAGUGGCUUCAGUGUGUGUGAGUGUGUGAGUGUGAGUGUGAGUGUGUGUGUGUGUGUGUGUGUGUGUGUGUGUGUGUGUGUGUGUGAGAGUGUGUGUGAGUGUGUGUGAGAGUGUGUGUGAGAGUGUGUGUGUGAGAGUGUGUGUGUGAGAGUGUGUGUGAGUGUGUGAGUGUGAGUGUGUGUGUGUGUGUGUGUGUGAGAGUGUGUGUGAGAGUGUGUGUGUGUGAGUGUGUGAGUGUGUGUGUGUGUGUGUGUGUGAGAGUGUGUGUGUGUGUGUUAUCAUCAGCUGUGUUUCUGUGGCUGUACACACUGUAUUUAACAUCUCUCUGGAGUAAAUCUGUCCUGUAUGCAGGAUUCUCUUAUUUAUUUCCUCCAGCUUUUCCUUCUGUGGCUUUUUAACCUUUGUAAUGAUGAAAUAAAGCAGUUUUCUUCAGUCCUGA